GAACUUAUCCUAGAGAAGAAUCCAGAACAUGGAAGAGGCUGCAAAAAUGAAAGACGAGAGGACUGUGGACGAGGAAAUGGCAGAUUUAUUCGAUGACACUCCUAAGCACCAAGAGCUACCCUGGGUCUACAAAAUUUGGGAUACCAACCAGAAAUUCAUCUUCCUGAAGGACAGCACAUUAGUAGCAGCUCCACAACAAAAUUCCAAUUCAGAAGUACAGUUACUUUCUAUGAUUCCAAAUCAAGCCCUAGAUUCAAGUAAGCGACCGCUCUUUAUGGGCACUAAAGAUAAGAAAUACCUUCUGUCUGUGAAGUCGGGUGAUCGACCUCAGCUACAGCUAGUGGCAGGAGACAUUAUGGAACUUUAUGUGAAAAAGGAGAAAUCCACGGAGUUCACUUUCUUCAACCAGACCAAAGGCAGUGAAAAAACUUGCUCUUUUGAAUCAGCGGCUUCCCCCGGUUGGUUCCUCAGCACAGCUUCUGAGUCAAACAAGCCUCUUGGUUUGAGUCAGGGAGGAGGUUCUGAUAUCACUCUUUUUUAUAUUGAAAGAAAAGUUUAAAUCAG